AUGACCGAAUUCUUGGAUCUCGAAUCCCAAGACGGCGUGCGCAUGCCAUGGAACGUGAUUCCGGGAACGAAGCAGGAUGCUCUAAACGCUGUCGUUCCGGUCUCCGCUGUCUACACUCCUAUAAAGCACUUUCCCUCCAUGCCGGUCCUCAAUUACGCGCCUCUCCGUUGCCGCACGUGUCGCUCCAUUCUAAAUCCCUUCUGCAUCGUCGACUUCGCCGCCAAGAUCUGGAUCUGUCCCUUCUGCUUCCAGCGCAACCACUUUCCCCCGCACUACGCCUCCAUCUCCGAUGAAUCACUCCCCGCUGAGCUCUUCCCGCAGUACACUACCGUCGAGUACAGCUCUGACUCCUCCUCCGGCGCCACCUCCGCCGUGCCUCCUGUCUUCCUCUUCGUCGUCGACACCUGCAUCAUCGAGGAGGAGAUCGGCUUCUUGCGCUCCGCGCUCGCGCAGGCCGUCGAGCUCCUUCCCGAGAAUUCGCUCGUUGGACUCAUCACCUUCGGGACGUUCGUGCAUGUUCACGAGUUAGGGUUCACUGCGGUGCCGAAGACUUACGUCUUCAAGGGAUCGAAGGAUGUCACCAAGGACCAACUCCUCGAGCAGAUGAGCUUCUUCGUCAAGAAGCCCCGACCAGCAGUCGGAGUGGUCGCCGGCGCCCGCGACGGGCUCUCCACGGACAGCAUUUCGCGAUUCCUCGUGCCGGCGUCCGAGUGCGAGUUCACGAUCAAUUCGGUAUUGGAGGAGCUGCAGAAGGAUCCUUGGGCAGUGCCGGCUGAUCAGAGAGCAACUCGGAGCACCAGCACAGCUCUGAGUAUAGCGGCAAGUUUGUUGGGGGCAUGUGUCCCUGGCUCUGCUGCCAGAAUAAUGGCAUUUAUUGGCGGACCGGCUACUGAAGGACCCGCUCCUAUUGUAUCUAAACAACUUUCUGAACCAAUUCGCUCCCACAAGGAUCUGGAUAAAGAUUCUGUGCCACAUUACCAUAAAUGUGUGAAAUUCUAUGAUGGACUUUCGAAGCAGCUUGUACAUCAAGGACAUGUGCUAGAUCUCUUCGCUUGUGCUCUUGAUCAGGUAAUAGCCUAUUUUAGUAAGGUUGGAAUUGCUGAACUUAAAACUGCUGUUGAAAGGACCGGAGGCCUUGUUGUACUUGCUGAAAGUUUUGGCCAUUCAGUGUUCAAGGAUUCCCUUAAGCGUGUUUUCCAAUCGGGUGAUUAUGAUUUGGGUCUAUCUUCAAAUGGGAUAUUUGAGAUAAACUGCUCUAAAGAUUUGAAAGUCCAGGGUAUUAUUGGCCCUUGUGCAUCUCUUGAAAAGAAAGGUCCAUUAUGCUCAGAUGUUGUUAUUGGUCAAGGGGGUACAAGUGCAUGGAAGAUGUGUGGCCUUGACAAAUCCACAUCAUUGUGCCUAUUUUUUGAUGUUGUGAGGAAGGAAAGUCCUGAUGCAGCCAUGCAGUCCGCAAGCAAUCAAUUUUACUUCCAAUUCUUGACUUAUUAUCAGAAUAGCAGUGGGCAAAUGAGAUUACGGGUUACGACACUUUCACGUAGGUGGGUUGCUGGACCAGAAAGUAUACAGGACUUGAUUGCUGGAUUUGACCAAGAAGCAGCUGCUAUAGUCAUGGCACGUCAAGUCUCCUUCAAAAUGGAAACUGAGGCUGAAUUUGAUCCUAUCAGAUGGUUGGACAAGGCAUUGAUAAAUUUAUGUUCCCGAUUUGGGGAAUUUCAAAAAGACACACCAUCUUCUUUCAGUUUGUCUCCCAGGUUGUCAAUAUUCCCACAAUUUAUGUUUCAUUUCCGGCGCUCUCAGUUUGUUCAGGUCUUUAACAACAGCCCAGAUGAGACUGCUUACUUUAGAAUGAUACUGAACCGUGAAAAUGUUGCUAAUUCUGUUGUCAUGGUUCAACCUUCGUUGAUUUCUUAUUCAUUCCAUUCUGGUCCUGAACCAGCUCUUCUUGAUGUUGCGGCCAUUGCAGCUGAUAAGAUGCUGCUUUUGGAUUCCUUUUUUACUGUUGUUAUUUUUCAUGGUUCAACAAUUGCUCAGUGGCGUAAGGCUGGCUAUCAUAAUGAACCGGAACAUCAGGCAUUUGCUCAUUUGCUACAAGCUCCUCAUGAUGAUGCAGAUCUAAUAAUGAAGGAGAGAUUUCCUGUACCUCGCUUGGUCAUUUGUGAUCAGCAUGGUUCUCAGGCUCGAUUUCUACUAGCAAAGUUAAAUCCUUCUGCGACUUACAACACCGAAAAUUAUCAACCUGGAGGAGAUAUUAUCUUUACUGAUGAUGUUAGCUUUGAGGUCUUCCUGGAUCACUUGCAAAGAUUAGUUGUUCAAUAA